GCAGUGAUACUGUGGGAACCGACACAGACACUGCGGAGAGGACGAGAGAGUCGUGGCGUUUCUUUUGCUGCAGGCUGAGCUUGAAACCGGCCAGCUUCACGGCCAAACCGUAGCGCAAAGUGGAGACUUCACCGUAAUGAGCCUUUACAGCAGUCAAGCGCAGCAGCUGGGAGUACCUCCGCCGGCUCUGAAUCUCUCCAACUCCUCCCUGAUAUACUUGUAUGGAGGUGACAGCAGGGGCGUUCUUCCCGCUUUGGGAUUCGCUUCGAGUCGACAGGAGCCCCCGCAGAAGCCGCCCUACAGCUACAUUGCGCUCAUCGCCAUGGCCAUCAAGAGCGCGCCAGACCAGCGCGUAACGCUGAGCGGCAUCUAUCAGUUCAUCAUGGAACGAUUCCCCUUCUACCACGACAACAAGCAGGGCUGGCAGAACUCUAUCCGCCACAACCUCUCCCUCAAUGACUGCUUCAUUAAGGUGCCCAGAGAGAAGGGCAGGCCAGGGAAAGGCAGCUACUGGACAUUGGACACCAAGUGCCUGGACAUGUUCGAGAACGGGAACUACAGGCGCAGGAAGAGAAAGUCCAAAACCCAGGAGUCUGCUGAGGGCAAACCCGGCCACAAGAGGAGCACAGCCCCCCUCUCUGUGCCUUCUCCUAGUCCUAAGCCAGCCGCUGACCUCCACGCAAAAGCAGGAAGGGAGUCAUCCGAUGAGCCGGGCAAGAAUGAACAAAAUGACACAACUGCAAAACCAAAUCUCUCAGAGUUGAAUGAGAACUGGCUGGAGCAGCGAGUGACGGUUCCACACCCGACUCUGACUCCUCAGGACCUUUGUCUCCCACCCCUCGCUUUUGCGCAGAACAGGCAAAGGUCGUGCUCCUGUGAAGCGCGCUGCGGUCCGAGAUCCCACUCGGCGAAGGCUGGUGUUUCCUGUGAAGACACUGCCUGUCUUUCAGGAGCUUCUCCUUUCCCGUGCAGCAGGUCCAUGGCCGAGGAGACAGCAGGAGACGGACCUUCUUCGACUGUCUCAGGUAGUACAGCCAACUUACCCAUCCGCGUAGCAAGACCAAAGGAGGCUAUCGAAGCUGCCACUGCUAAAGCCACCGACAGCUCCAAACGUUUCAGCAUAGAGAGCAUCUUGUCGAAAAGGGGUAAUCAAAGCUCAGCGCGGGGCUUUGCGACCGGCAGCUACGAGUUUAAUGCUUCAAUGAUGAUAGGCACAUGCGGACCACACCUGUGUCAAAUGGGGUUCACUCUUUGCCCUUACCUGUCGCUCACAUACCCAGAGAAGGCACUGCACCUCCAAUAAAUGAAAAAGGAAAUGGAUGAAAAAUUCCCAGUCGAUUCGUUGAAUAAUAAUGUUCAUUAUUAUUAAAUAAUGUUCAUAACGGACCUUGCUUGUAUUGAGUGCUGUCAUGUUGCGUUCAUGAUCAGAGCUGAUUUCUUAUUACCAAUCCUUAGGGUAAGGAUGAGUUGCUGUGUAAUAAAAAUAAAAAAGUAAUAAAAUAAAUAAAAAGGUCUGGGCCAUGACUGAUUGUUCAUGCUAUCAGUUAAUGUUUUUAGCCCUGAUUUUACACUAAAUUACAGGUUAUGGUCCGAGGUCCAAACUGCAACACGUUGCCUUUCUCUGGACUUUUGCUUUUGUUGCAGUGCAUCUGAGAAAUCCGUCACUGUCCUUCAGAUGAAAUGCAGAUAUAAUGCAAUUGUUUUGCUCCAUGUAUAGCCCAGAUAAAGACAGAGCAAAUUACCAGCAAUACAGCAUGGUUCGUUGGCUGAUCAAAGCAAUUUUAAGAUAGCAGCCUCUAAUUUGGUAGAUUCUGAGUUCUGAACCGUUAGCUUAAUCGGUAAUUGUAUCCAUGGAUGAUAUGUAAACGUAUAAACUAUGUAAGCUGUUCUGAAAAGGGCACAUACAGAAGAAAUAAAGUACAU